AGAGAAGGAGGCGAAUGGAAAGGCAAGCUGGCUGGUCGACGACUGGCAGCGAGUCGAGCCUCGUUGGCACACAAAUCAUGAAAGUGUACGUUACUCCGUCAAAAUGAAAGCGCGUUAGAUCGUGGUACGUGAGCAAAGCGCACGUAAGGGUCGCUUUAAAAUUUGAAGAGCAACAAUUUUCAAACCGCGAGGCAUUCCGGUUCAAAAGAAAAAAAAAAAAUAUCUAGCGCGACCGACCGGGCGGAGUAACUCAAGGGCGACAAAGAGGACGCAAACCCAGACGCUAACCACAGGGCCGAGCACGGGAACGUAAAAACCAGCUUUUCCGUUUCGAAGUAAACAACGAAAUUUCAUUCAGAGCUUCGAAACUCACGGGCAAAGUAAUCGAGAGCCCCAGCCCCUACGGAGAUGGCAAACUUCGCGAUAGCCGUUCACAGGUGUUUUGUGUUCAACGUUGUGGUGACCAGUGAUAUCGUUCAGUGAAAUCAUCACCCCGAAUCACGCUCAGUAAUAUUUUAAAUCAGUUCUGGUAUUUCUCCUAAGUAUUCUCAAUUUAUUUUCCAUCAACCGGAUCGUCGUAGGAUAUUUUUACCAACGCGAGGGGUAGUAAUAUCGCUAUUGCUUAAGUUAGUGCUGCUCAACUCUCUCUCUCCGCAUUUACACCUUCUGUCAUCGUCAUGGAACGGCCUACAAAAAUGAUCUCUCGAUGGUCUGGAAUUAUCCUGAUUUUGUUGGCUGAGGUAACAUAUUCGACGGACCUGGCGAUAGAAAUUCCGGGUAACUUGAGCCAAGGCGAUUCAUGGUACAGAUUAGACUACAGUCCGCCGAUCGGUCAUCCUCCCCCACGCACGGAAUUAUUAUCGGCGGACAUUGGAGCCGAAAUAAAAUUAACUAACGUCCUUGCCGGAACAAGAUACGAGUUCAACUUGUACUACAGUAACGCAACUUUCAACGAAUUGCUGACAUGGACGGCUUCGAUUACUACAGCUCCCGAUCCGCCUUCGAAUCUGACGGUGAUCGUACCUAAUGGAAAAACAGCGACGGUCUCAUGGUCUCCUCCGGCCGAGGGUAAUUAUUCCGGAUUUCGAUUAAGAGUUCAGAGCUUCACCGACACCAGCAGCCCUAGAACCAUCGUAGUUGCGGCCAAUGAUUCAUCUUACACGUUAAGAGAUUUGAUACCCGGAGCGAGCUACUCGUUGCAGUUAUUUACCGUGCUCGAUGCUAAUGAGAGUGUAGCGUACACGAGCACCAACUUUACAACGAAGCCAAAUACUCCGGGAAAGUUCAUCGUUUGGUUCAGAAACGAGACCACUCUCUUAGUAUUAUGGCAGCCUCCUUAUCCGGCUGGUAUUUACACCCAUUACAAGGUGAGCAUAGACCCACCGGAUGCAAUCGAAUCUGUGCUUUACGUCGAAAAGGAGGGUGAGCCACCCGGACCGGCGCAGGCCGCUUUCAAGGGUCUGGUGCCUGGGAGGGCUUAUAAUAUUUCCGUACAAACCGUUUCGGAGGAUGAAACAUCCGCACCUACGACGGCGCAGUACCGUACGGUUCCCCUUCGACCCCUAAACGUAACGUUCGACAGAAGAUCUCUGACGCCAACUUCGUUUCGAGUUUUUUGGGAACCACCAAAUGGAACGUCGGAAUUCGACAAAUACCAAGUUUCUUUGGCGUCGAGGCGACUGGCGCCGGUCACGAGGAUCCGAGACGACGAGAGAUCCCUCGAUUUCAGAGAUCUGGAACCAGGGAAAACGUAUCAAGUUAUCGUGAAAACUGUGUCGGGAAAAGUGACCAGUUGGCCGGCUACAGGGGACAUUACGCUGGAACCACUUCCCGUCAAGAACUUGAGAGCUGUUACGGACGAAAAAUCUGGCAAGGUUGAGGUUUCGUGGAGUCCGGACAAUUCCAGCACUCAGGAUAGUUAUAAACUGUUUUACGUCGAAGUCGACAAACUUACGGCCGAUGACUCGACAUUGUUCAUCGUUGAUAAACCGAGGGAGACCUUGCACACCCUGCUACCCGGUAGAAAUUACUCGAUAAGCGUCCAGGCGAUAAGUAACAAGGCUGAAUCGAAGGAAUCUGUGAUAUAUCAAGUAACGAAACCGGCGAGUCCAAUAAUAGAAGAUUUCAAACCGAUCGAAAAGGGGCUGAUUAUAUCGUGGAAGAGCGAUGUAAAUUCGCGACAGGAACAGUUCGAGGUAAUUUAUAACAGAACCGAUACCGGAGAACGCGUUACCACCACGACCAUCCAUUCUCAUAUCGAUCUCGAGGACCUUUACCCCGGUGCAUUUUACGAAGUCAAGGUCGUUGCCAUCAAUCACGGACUCAGGAGCGAACCCCACGUCGGUUCUCAAGCCGUUUUACCUCACCCUCCGAAAAAUUUGAGUAUCGAGAAAGUUGAGAUCAAUAAAACUUUCUCUCUUCUCGUCAAAUGGGAACCACCGACGGACUCGAUGUUCACCGAAUUCGCGAUACGUUACCAAACCGACGACGACACGAAUUGGCAUAAAUUUGCCAGCGUUAACAACACUACCGAGGCUGAAAUACAUGACAUGACGCACGGUGAACGUUACACCAUCAGAGUAAAUACGGUCAGUUUUGGCGUCGAGAGUUUGGAGAGUCUUCAAGUCAAUCAAACCAUCGAACCAAAGUCCGUGACGAACAUAACGGCGACCUCGGAUUCAACCAAUGUUACUUUGGUGUGGCAAAGACCGGACAGUCGAAUCGAAACUUAUGUUAUAAAGUGGUGGCCAGUUGAGAAUAUCGAUGAUGUCCGAAUGAAAAAUGUUACGGAAAUUCACGUGUCUGCUCCCUCCGAUUCGAAAGAGAGUGUUCAAUACAGAAAAGAACUGAUCGGCGACUUGAUGCCCGGCGUUGAAUACGCCUUUUCCAUAUUUACGGUGUCUUAUAAUCUCGUCAGUGACGUUACCAAUCUUACCACCAGGACGAUGCCUUUAAUCGAGUCAUCAGUCGUAGUUGUCGUCAACAUCGAAUCCCCGUACUCGUUGACCCUCACGUACACUCCGACGCCGGUUCUGUCAUCCUCUCGUUUUGAUCUUUAUCGGUUCAGUAUCAGCGAUCUUAAUAAUACCGUGAAAGAAAAGAUGGUCAAUGAUACCGAUUACAAGGUAACAUUCACCGGGUUGACGCCGGGUAAAUUAUACAACGUUACCGCUUGGACGGUCAGUGACAACGUCGAAAGUUCACCGUUGAUUAAACAAGACAGACUAUAUCCUGAUCCAGUUACCAACAUGCACGCGGUCAAUAUAACCGAUACAACGAUACAAUUGACGUGGGAUGCUCCGAGGGGAGAGUACGAUUAUUUCGAAGUUCAAUAUUGGAACACCGACGAGAGUAUGGAGGGAAGUUUGGUCGAGAACAUCACAAAUCGGACCUUUAUUACCUUAAAUGAUCUCCGACCGUACCGAAACUACACUUUUACCGUGGUCGUUAUAUCGGGAUCGGGUUCACCGUUUUUACGAAAAUCUCACCCGGUCAGCAAUAGUUUUAUAACGAGCGAAUCAUAUCCCGGAAAAGUGGACACCUUUCAACCGACGAACAUAACACCGAGUGAAAUAACGUUCUCGUGGUCACUUCCAAGUCGGGAACAUAACGGAGUUAUCGUCAAUUACACCAUUACUUAUGGACUGGAGGGUUCCGUGCACACGAAAACUCAAGAAUUCAAGGCGAACGAAUUGAGGGGUACCAUAAGAUCCCUGAACCCAGGAAUGACUUAUCUCUUCCGAAUUCAAGCGGCAACUAUGAGCGGCUUCGGACCUGAAAUGACUUGGACUCAAAAAAUGCCGAUCCUACCACCCCCGAGACCUCCGACCCAAGUGGUUCCAUCCGAAGUUUGCAAAAGUAGUACAACGAUCCAGGUCAGAUUCAGGAAAAACUAUUUCAGCGAACAAAACGGCGCUGUCAUAUCGUACACGAUUAUCGUUGCGGAAGAUGACAGCAAAAAUGCAUCAGGAUUGGAAAUGCCGAGUUGGAAGGACGUUCAGGGGUACAGCAUUUGGCCUCCCUACCAGGUAAUGGAACCGUACAACCCGUUCAAGAACGGUGCGGUCGAAGAUUUCACGAUAGGCGGAGAAAAGUGUGACCUCAAAGUUGGCUAUUGCAAUGGACCUUUGAAAUCUGGUUCAACUUAUAAAGUUAAAGUAAGGGCUUUCACGGCUCCGGACAAGUUCACCGAUACCAGCUACAGUUUUCCCAUUCAGACAGGAUUACUUGUAGCAGAUAAGGACAACACGGCGAUCAUAGUAGGUGUAACCGUACCUAUCGUUUUACUCCUGACAUUCUUAGGGCUCGGCCUGUUAAUAAGAAGGAGAAGAAGUCAAGGCAGAAAAACGACGGAGACCAGAGCUACCGAUGAUCUAUCUUUGCCCGGAAGUGUGAUCGAAAUAAGUCGACCGAUUCGUGUGGAAAGUUUUGCUGAUCAUUACCGAAUGAUGUCCGCUGAUUCGGAUUUCCGAUUUUCAGAGGAGUUUGAAGAGCUAAAACACGUCGGCAGAGACCAGCCUUGUACGGCUGCGGAUCUGCCAUGCAAUAGACCAAAAAAUCGUUUUACGAAUAUUUUACCAUACGAUCACAGUAGGUUCAAAUUACAGCCGGUUGACGAUGAGGAAGGUUCUGAUUACAUCAAUGCCAACUACGUACCCGGUCACAAUUCGCCGAGGGAAUUCAUCGUCACUCAAGGACCCCUGCAUUCGACGCGGGAUGAUUUCUGGCGGAUGGUUUGGGAGAGUAACAGCAGAGCCAUAGUAAUGUUGACCCGGUGCAUAGAGAAAGGAAGAGAAAAAUGUGACCAUUAUUGGCCUACCGAUACUCUUCCCGUCUACUACGGUGAUAUAUGCGUGACAAUAUUGAACGAAGCUCAUUAUCCAGACUGGAGUAUAACGGAGUUCAUGUUGUGCAGGGGUGACGUGAAGCGGGUCAUUCAACAUUUCCAUUUCACCACGUGGCCGGACUUCGGUGUUCCGAGUCCGCCGCAAACUUUGGCAAGAUUUGUCAGAGCGUUCCGAGAGCGUGUGAGACCAGAUCAAAGGCCAAUCGUUGUUCACUGUAGUGCGGGUGUUGGUAGGAGUGGAACUUUUAUAACAUUGGACAGGAUACUACAGCAGAUUUUAGUCUCCGAUUACGUAGAUAUUUUCGGUAUCGUCUGCGCCAUGAGAAAAGAAAGAGUUUGGAUGGUCCAAACCGAGCAGCAGUAUAUCUGCAUACAUCAGUGUCUAUUGGCGGUUCUAGAAGGUCAGGAUACCACAGGACCGAUAAGAGAGAUACACGAUAAUCAAGGGUUCGAAGGGAAGAACAGAAGCUCGGUUGAAAAUUCAAAGAGCCCGGGUGAGGCUGAAAAGGAAAGGUGACCCUCAGAUUCUGGUCACUCCUCCGACGAGGAUGACGAGGGAAUAGCUGAGUCAGGCAUGUAACGAAUGCAAUGAGAAUUCAUUGAUGAGAAUUCCCAUCGUAAAAAUCUGUUUUAAUCGACGUGAUUCGUUCGACCAAGUGCUGUUCGGCGAUCAGGUUGGCGCAGUAAAUGAAAUGCAGUAAAUUUGUAAAUGGUAUGAAACGGUAAUACAAUAUUUAUUAAUCUAACAAUACGCGGAUGAGCUGCGCUCCGAAAGAGAAAAUAACGAGAGAAAAAUAAAUGAAUAAGAAAAAUGAAAAAGACCUAGAUAUGCGCUUUAGGUGUCGUUCGAUGUGAAUUCAGAAUAUUGAACAUAUCUGUGCUAUAUAUUGGCUGGUCCAAAUCAUGUACAUAAAUUAUUUGUUGUUUUAAUAUUGUUUUUUCUUUUUUUUUUUUUAUUCAUUGAAUGAUUUUAACUCACUAAUAUAACGAGUAACUGAAUAUGAGUAUAGCAAUAAUAUUAAUUAUGAUAAAUUUCAUAGCAUUUCUGAUUAUAACAACAACAAUAAUAAGCUGACGCAAAUUAGGUAGACAACAACGCGUACAUCACGAGGGUGUACGCUCGAUUUCAGACACAAUAAAUUGUUUGUAUAAUAUUUUGAAGAUAAUUUUACGUUACAUAUCUCGCUGUGUACCGUGCUUUCACCGGUAAUUGUCAUUUGUCAAUGGCUUGGAUGAAACAAAAACAAGAAAUAAUUGUCCGUGGAUAAUAACAGUGAUAAAAAAACGCGCAAUUUCAUGGAGACAAGAUGAAAAAAGUUUUUUAAAAGUAGUAACAUCCGUCCAAAAGCCAUAUUAGACAAGUUAUAGAACGUAAGUGUAAUAUCAAUAUUAAUGAUACUAAUAAUUAUACUAAUAAUAAUAUUAACGAUAAUAAUAAGGUAUAAAUUAUGAUAACAUCGUACUAAAUUCUUUGAUUAAUACUCUUUGAGAUAGAUAAGUCGGUGGGAACAAGAAACUCGCAUCUUCGUAGAAGCCAUAUCAUUUUUUUAAUCUAUUUCUAUAAAAUAUGAAGAACUUGUAAAACAUUAACCAGAUUAAGAAGAAAACAGAAAAGAACAAAAAAAUUUAAAGAAAAUAAAAAUGAAGCGUACAUAGACAUAGAGCAUCGCACGAAAUUCCAUUAUAUCAGAUGAAACUGUUCGAUCAUAAUAUACAUAUACCACACAUACAUUAGGGUGGGUUGGAAGAGAAAUUUUU